AUGGGCAACAACCUCUGCACGGGCGUCGCCGACGCGCCGGUCAAGUUCUGCGACCACAUGUGCGCCGACGCCAUCCCCGAGCCCGUCGACGACGCGACGGCGGCGGCGAGCAACGGCGUCACGGGCGCGGACGUGAAAUUCUUCGAGCAGCUCCUGUCCGACGUCGGGUCGGUGUUUACGACGGUAACGCCGACGGACCACCAGCAGGAGAUGACCAAGUGCGAGUUCGGCGUGCGCCUCGUCCAGUCGACGACCCGCGCGCGCUUCCCCGAGUUCCACCGGGACAAGCCCCGGCCCGGCCGCAUGACCAUCAAGACGAACGCGGACUGCAAGUGCCUCGUCGUCGUCGAGCGCAAGGAGGACUACGCGACGACCGUCGUCGCGCUCGCCAAGCACCCGGCGGACGAGGCCGAGUACCAGAUGGUCUUCAAGAAGCAGAGCGUCGGCAAGACGUUCCUCGCCAUCUUCGCGCAGUACGACGACGGCAUCUACUGCACGAACACGUCCUACUUCCAGGGGUCCCAGGCGCGGUUCCUGUAG